AGGAAACCGACAAGCCUACUAGGAGACUCGGUAAUCGAAGCUGUGUAUGGCAUGACACAUAACCGAUGCGCUGAAUUAAUUCGAGAUACGUACAUAUCUAAGGACAGUUCAAUCUGGAAAAAGGAUAUAAACCAACCAAAGGCAACCUCUAUCAAUGCAACAUACCAAAUAUUCUGGGGAGAAAUUGACCAGAUAUCAAAACGCGUCAAGAGGAACCAGUGUGUUCCCCAAUAUAGUAUGCAAUAAAGCUCAUCAACCCGGUCCUUCAUCAUGGGGUAGUUUCCAACAAC